UCUCUCCCUCUCUCUCGUCGGGAGGAGGAAGGAAGAGGGGGGCAGCCGGGCAGGAGGAGGCGGAGGAAGGAGCCGCCACCCACCACCGCAUCCUUCCUUCGUCUAUCUCUCUCUCUCCUCCUCCUCUCCUCGCUCGGCUCCGUAGUGGCCCGUGGAGCUCCGCGGCCUCCCUCCCUGCGCUUUGGCUGCGAUGGCGGACGGCAACCCGGACGGCAUCAAGAGAUACACCCCUCCCGUGCACAGGAAUCGUGCAAGCAAUCGACGCAAGUCUGGAGACAGGGUUGAGAAAGCUAGUUUUUUGUACAACAAUGAUGGGGAGAAGAGCCAUGUUCCUUCACUAAAGAACCUUCCACCAAUUAUUCCUCAUGAGACUUUUGUCAGCAAUCCUCAGAGUGAUUACAGUCAAACAAGAUUAAUACCCUUAGAGGGAUGUUGUGCCAGUGAGGCUGCACAGCUUCACAAUGAUCGUUGGGCUGCAGUAAUGAACUUGUACAAUGAUCAGUCAUAUGAUUCCCCUGAUAAACCGGUGAUGUACUCUGGAUCUAGUGGAUCAUCAUGGGGUCAUGGUCACAUGAAACUUCCUCAUCAGAUGAACUUCUUUGAAGAGUUGCGCCGUGCACUAGACAAUCAAAUAGGCACAUCACCAUCUGUCGACACCUGGAACUAAUCAAGCUCAAGCUGCAUUGGAGUGCUAAGAUAUAUAUAUAAAAGGCAAUCUAUUGCAAAUUCACUGUGUGUUGUGUCAUGUACUAGAAAUAUGUGCAUGCUGUGACCAAAUGCUUUACUCUAGAUUGCAGCUCCAUGGUUUAUCUAAAACAGAAACGGCAUAUUUGCACAUUUUGUAACCUUAUGAUGGAAAACCAACCUUCUCUACCAUGCAGUCUGGUGUUGUACUUGCCCUACAAACCGGUGUUAUAUUGUAUCCUUCUUCUGACUAGUGACCUUUGCAGUUUUAUCAGAUUUGUUGAUACCUGCUGAAAACA